CUUUUUAUCCAUCUGUCCAGUGUCCAUCACACCCCGUUGGCCAAUGCUGAAUCUUGCAGUGCAGUCCCUGAACCCGCCUAUCAACGUUAUCCAUUCUUGUCCGCGUUUCAAGUCUGUGGAGGAAUUCUGCAAUGACCACCCCAGCCACGUUUCAAGCCAAGCUCGACAGAGUCUACCUUUUCAACAUGCCAGCGGAGAGUCUGAGAUGGGAUAUACCCGAAGGUCUAGCCGUUCUUCCACGUCCUUAAUCAGCGCAUCUGGGACCAUUCAGAGAGCGAGGACAACCUACGUUCCUGGUGACAACAUUUUAGGGAGGCAUCACCAAGUCAAGAUGGACCGCAGCCUCGGCCCGCCACGUACCCAUCCCAAGAAAUUCCUCCCCCUUUACUCCUCUCCAACGCAUCCAGAAGCCAUCAAGGCGCGAGGCUGGCCUCCCACGCGUCAUAUGGAGUCUUUGACAUCGUUCGAGGCCUUUCUCAUUCGCCUGCUCAUAUCCGUGCAGUAUGCAAGACGCGUUGGUCUCGUAAGAGACGUCUUCGCUUCGAAACUGCCACCACUGCGUCUGGCCCGCAUCCAUAUCCACCCCUAUCUAUGUACCUGCUGACCUCUUUUAUACCUGACUCCGGCCGUGAGAAUCUGGUUUGUACUCUUCUCUUGGGCGGCCGGUCAUUCCUUAACCUGAUAUCCAGCAUACUUGCGUCCAUUCCCUUUUAUUCCAGUUGUCGUUCUUUUGCCGUCACUCCUUUGACUUCCAGCAACCACUGCAAAUAUGCUUCACACUCUACUUUUCGCCCUUGGAGGGCUUGUGUCUCUCUGCACGGCAGGCUACGUGCUCGAAGAUGACUACACCGAAGACCAAUUCUUCUCGAUGUUCGACUUUUUCACAGAUGCCGAUCCAACAAACGGCUACGUGACCUACGUCGACCAGACGACAGCCCAGAGCAGUGGCCUAAUCAGCACGACCAACGGCUCGAUAUACAUGGGUGUCGACCACACCAACGUUGCCACGGGCUUAGGCCGAAACAGCGUCCGCCUGACGAGCACGAAAACCUACACGCACGGCCUUAUCAUCCUCGACCUGAACCACAUGCCCGGCGGCGUCUGCGGCACCUGGCCCGCUUUCUGGACCGUCGGAGCGAACUGGCCGAAUGCGGGCGAAAUAGACAUCAUCGAGGGCGUAAAUUCCCAGGUUGGAAAUUCAAUGGCCCUACACACCGCGUCGGGAUGCAGCAUCACCAACAACGGCCUGUUCUCCGGCAGCAUCUCCACUUCCAACUGCUUCGUCAACGCGCCCGGCCAAGCCAUGAACGCAGGCUGCCAGAUCCUGGCGGCCAACGACGGCGCCAGCUACGGCACACAAUUUAACCAGGGCCAGGGGGGCGUGUACGCCACCGAAUGGACCAGCAGCGCCAUCAGUAUAUGGUUCUUCCCGCGGUCCGGGAUUCCCUCAGACAUUUCCUCCGGCAGUCCCGACCCGAGUACCUGGGGGAGCCCGAUAUCCGCGUUCGAAGGCGGCUGCCAGAUCGACGAGUUCUUCAGCAACCACCAGAUCGUGUUCGACACGACAUUCUGCGGCGACUGGGCGGGCAACGUCUGGAGUACCGACGCGACGUGCAGCUCCAAGGCGUCGACGUGUCAGGACUUUGUGCAGAAUAAUCCGGCCGAGUUCCAGGACGCGUAUUGGUCGGUCAAGUCGCUCAAGGUGUAUCAGAGCACUGGCGGCGAAACGAGCAAUGCCACUUCGUCGGCCUUGCCACAUGGUCCUACGGCGUCUGUCUCCGCGGGCGUGCCUUGGAACAGCGGCAGCGGCGUCUCACAGAGCUGGCCUACCCCAACGGUCAGCGACGUCCCAACGGCCGGAUUCAGCCGCGGCGGCAAUGGCCGCUUUACGAAGACGUUCGGCAAUGCUGCAGAUUUUGCUGUUGCCGCAGCCUCGACUUCUGCUGCCGCUAUUGCUUCGUCGCCGUCUGCAAUGGUGCCGGCAGUCGAAUCUGACGGCUCUGUCGUCGAAGCAUCCGCUUCCGCUACCGUUGCGGACUUUUCUCAGCCGGAAAUCACUUCGGCCGCCGCUGUGACGACGGAGGCGUUUGCGGACGACCCCAACGGAAACGUCGAGUACGUCACCGUCACGGCGUUGAGAUACGAUGAUUUUGAUUUCCCCGGCGGCGGCGGCGUCAAGAAGCGCGAUGUUGUCCCCGAGGACGACCUCACCAGAGUCAAGAGGCAUAUGCAAGCGCAUAGACAUGUGCAUCGGCAUCUGCUCAAGCACGGCAUCGUCGUCGGCUCGGUCGAAGAAUGAACGUGCCAGGCGCGGGCGUACAGUACUGUACCACCGAAUGGCUGCCCGCGGUUUUGCCUGGAACUUGGCACCAGGCCAAGUCGGCGCCGGACCGUCGAUGAUGGGAAUGGGUAUGACUGCUGUCAAGGCUUCAGGUUACGCGCGAAGCCCGCGCGAUGGUCUGUGCUUUGCUUCCGCCUGUGAAGUUGGUUCCACUUCCAUUGGUGGCUGAAGCCCUCAUAGAGGCCUCAACAGUCUUGCUUCAUGCGUGCCCAGCCCACACAGUCUCUACAGAGGGUUGAACGACACACGCUCCUCGGGAGAAGCGGGAAUGCUAGGGCCACUAGUUAGGGCAAAAAGCUUUUUUACAUGGUAUGCUGGACUCUGCUUGGAUAUGGAUGGACGAGGGCUGGAUUCUUGGUCGUCCCUUGGCAAGCAAAAAUGGUUGGAGGGUAAAAGGCAUGAUGAGGCUAUCUCAUGAAACGAAGGAAGCAAUGUUUUUAUGGACUGGGACGAGAAUAUGAGCAAAAGGAUCUCUGAAUUUAGCGACAUGGGCGGCAUAUUGUCUUUGGUCUCGAUCGUCUUGAUAUACGGAGUAUAGAUAGAAGCGAUUGAAUGUUAUUCUUUGAUAACCUACCAAGAA